AUGAAAGAACGUUCCAAGACAGCGGCGCGGACCCGCCGUGAGAACGAGAAUGCCGAAUUCGAGCAGUUGGCGAAACUGCUGCCUCUGCCCUCCAACAUCACCUCUCAUUUGGACAAGGCUUCGGUAAUACGCCUCACAACAUCCUACCUCAAGAUACGAAAACUAUUCCCUUCAGGAUUGGGAGAAGAUUGGGGUGCCGAACCAGCUACAUCCACAGACAGCAGUCGCAUUUUGAAAGAAUUAAGCUCUCAUCUCCUUCUUUCUUUGGAUGGCUUUGUCUUCAUGUUGGAUCCAGAUGGGAAAGUGAUUUAUGUGUCGGAAACGGCUUCCGUACAUCUGGGAUUGUCACAGAUAGAGAUGACGGGCAAUAGCAUUUAUGACUUCAUUCACCAAUCCGAUUACGAAGAAAUGCGUUCAAUAUUGAAUCCUGAGUUAUCCUCGCAGCAGAAAUGCUUUUAUGAAAAUUUGGAAAUUCAGCUGAAGUUCUGUCUAAGGAUGAAAUGCGUGUUGGCCAAGAGGAAUGCAGGUCUUGCAGUGGAUGGGUAUAAAGUUAUUCACUGUGGUGGUUAUUUAAAGCUGAGAAAAGAAUCGGAUGCACUGAAUGAUGGUCAGCUGACAAACAGCGAAGCACAGAAAGCAAACCAACAAUACCAAGUUGCUGGAUUGGUCGCCAUUGGCCAAUCGCUGCCUUCAUCUUCCAUCACGGACAUCAAAAUGUCAUCGCAUACGUUCAUGUUCCGGGCCAGCCUGGAUUUUACCUUGAUAUAUUUAGGUGCAAGGAUCACGGCGUUCACAGGGUACGAACCACACAAAAUGGUUGAUAAAACACUCUACCAAUUUGUGCACUGCUGUGAUAGCGUACAGCUGCAAAUGGAGCACAGAUCGUUGCUCAGUAAAGGCCAAGUGAUUACCAAAUACUAUCGUUUGCUUACGAAGAGUGGAGAAUGGAUCUGGAUCCAGAGCUACUGUACUUUGAUUAACAGCAAUAAAGCAUCCAAACCUCAUUGCAUUGUCGCCUUGAACCAUGUAAUAAGAAUGGACCUAAAUCCAACAUCUUCAAACGGAACUGGAACUGACAUUUCUGAAACAGAAGUAAUACCAUUUGACAAAUCUGAUGCAAUGUUUACGGCUGCAAACAAGGAUCCCAGUGCAUUUGCUUUUGAUGGUACACCAUCAAGUGAGCCUGUGUUUGAUAAUUUCACUAAUAUGACAGUCGAUAUGGAAAACGAAAGUUUUUCGGACGUUGAUUACAAUUGGCUUUCUAACCCAUACCUUGCUGGAUGUGACCUAACCGUACUUCGACGGUGGGUUUAUUUUUACAAAAAAGCUGGAACGCAAGAGACACUAGCAAUUUUAAACAUCGAGGAAGAAGGUCUUACAUUUUGA